CCAACUGCAUUACCUAUUGAGCCAGCCUGUUAACAGUUCACACAUGUCAGCUCAACGUUAACUCAGUGGGAACGAUGUAGGUAGCAUACUAAGUAGAUGUACAUAGCUCCUCAUAAUUGAUAAUUGAGAUCCAUUUCAAGGAAAUUGAGGUAGUACAGGCAGCGCUCGGGAAAGAAAUGGAGGAUUCCAUACCUCUCCAUGUCUGCCAUGUCCAGACUCUCUCCAUAUUCAUAAACAGAUCACAUGCACUUCUCCACUCCAUAGCUUUAGCUUUCUUGAUUUACUACAGAACCUCUUUUCUCUUCCAAGACCAAGAUCCCAACACCAAAGCCACACCGUUAUUUCUACCAUGGCUUCUUGUCUUCGCUUCUGAGCUCCUCCUCUCUUUCACAUGGCUCCUCGACCAAGCUUUUCGGUGGCGUCCAGUUACUCGAACGGUCUUUCCAGAGAGAUUGCCAGAGGAUGAUAAGCUCCCAGCGAUUGAUGUGUUCAUAUGCACAGCAGAUCCCGACAAGGAACCAACUGUGGAGGUGAUGAACACUGUGUUAUCUGCUAUGGCACUUGACUACCCGCCCGAGAAGCUUCAUGUAUAUCUUUCAGAUGAUGGAGGGUCUCCUAUAACUUUGCAUGGUAUGAAGGAGGCUUGGUCUUUUGCAAGGUGGUGGCUUCCUUUUUGUAGGAAGUACAGACUCAAGACGAGGUCUCCGGAGGCUUAUUUCUCGCCGGUUUCUAAGGAUGAUGACGAAGGUUCUGGGAGUUCCGAGUUCAUGACAGAGAGACAGAAGAUUAAGGAAAGAUACGAGAUGUUUAAGGAAUCAAUAAGAGAACUAAGAGGAAGAUUACUGGAUCCAGUGCAUGGCAGUGGGAUCACUGCUCGAGAUCACCCUUCUCUCAUUGAGGUGAUACAGGAUAAUUCCAAUGAUAGAGUGCAAGUAGACCAAGUUAAGACGCCUCUGCUUAUUUAUGUUGCUCGUGAAAAAAGGCCUUCUCAUUCCCACCAUUUUAAGGCUGGAGCACUCAAUGUCCUUCAACGAGUCUCGUGCAUGAUAAGCAAUUCCCCUUACAUACUAGUGCUGGAUUGUGAUAUGUAUUGCAAUGACCCGACUUCAGCUAGACGAGCAAUGUGUUUUCAUCUUGACUCUAAGUUCUUGCAUUCGCUAGCUUUUGUUCAAUUCCCUCAAAGAUUCCAUAAUAUCAGUAAGAAUGACAUCUAUGACAGUCAGUUGAGAUCGGCAUUUUCGGUACUGUGGCCAGGUGCAGAUGGGCUCCAGGGACCGAUCUUGUCUGGUACAGGUUUUUAUAUCAAGAGAGUGUUAUUAUGUGGAGGUUCUAUACAAGAUAUCGAUCUUGAGGAACUUAAACAUUCAUUUGGUUCGUCGAAUGAAUUAAUCAAAUCCCUUCACGGAAACUACAAGCCUUAUGUGAUUAAUGACCAGCACGGAUUGCUAGAAGAGACUCGUUUAUUAGCCUCGUGUACCUAUGAAAAUGACACUAAAUGGGGCAAAGAGGUUGGUUUCUUAUAUAAUUCUGUGCUGGAAGAUUACGUUACAGGGUUCACCUUACAUUGCAAAGGUUGGAUUUCGGUUUAUUGUGAUCCAUUGAGGCCACAAUUCUUAGGAAGUGGCACCACCAAUUUGAAUGACUUCUUGAUUCAAGGCAUGAGAUGGAGCUCUGGGUUGGUUGAAGUCAGUUUCUCAAAGUUCAGCCCUCUUAUAUAUGGACCAACAAGAAUGUCUAUUUUUGAGAGCUUGUGCUAUGGACAACUUGCAUUUUACCCCAUUUCAUAUUUCUUGUCAUUAUGGUGUUUUGCUACUAUUCCUCAGUUAUGUCUACUUAAUGACAUCCCAUUGUACCCUAAGGUUUCAGACUCCUACUUUGUUAUAUUUUUGUUCAUCUUUUCAUCAGCCAUUUCCAAACAUUUACAAGAGGUUCUUUCAACUGGAGGAUCAUUCCAAACAUGGAGAAAUGAACAUAGGAUAUGGAUGAUGAAGUCAAUUACAUCUCACUUAUAUGGAAGCUUAGAUGCUAUUAUGAAGAGGAUUGGAAUGAGAGAAGCCAGUUUCUUGCCCACCAACAAAGUUGAGGACGCUGAACAAGUGGAACUAUACAAAAUGGGCAAAUUUGAUUUCCAAACAUCUAAUAUGUUUCUUGUUCCUAUGGUUUCUCUAAUCAUCUUGAACAUGGUUUCCUUCAUUGGUGGACUUGUGAGGGUGAUCUUUGUGGGCAAUUGGGACCAGAUGCUUGUGCAAGUUUUCAUCUCAUUCUAUAUCUUAGUUAUGAAUUUCCCAAUAAUUGAAGCAAUGAUAAUGAGGAAGGAUAAGGGACGUGUUCGACCAUCAGUCACUAUAUUAUCAGCUAUGUUUUCAACUAUUUUCUUGUUACUGGGAUGUAUCAUUCUCUGUUGCUAAGGGUAAGAAUUUAUUUAGUGCACAUUUCAAAUUUGUUUUUUGCUACUAACUAUAGCAAUAUUUACAUGCUGAAUUCAAUAAAUAAAAACUUCUUUAUUUCUAUUAUUUUA